AUGAGCGAUUCUAAUUGCUAUUGUCGUUGCCGCUAUAUAUACGUACAUAUACGUUUUUUAUUUGCUACGAUAUCGAAAGUAACUAGGUCGUAUUUACUAACUGAGGACAAAAAAAAAAGGAUGGCCUUUCCUCAUCGUGAACAGAUUGAUGAACUGAAACUAAUAGCUGAAAUGCUUGAUACCUUUGCAAGGACACGCCCGGAAUUUCAUCACCAAGUGGGACCGCUACCUGAUAGAAUCCGUGACGCUAUAGGGCCGAUAGAAUCGGCAUUACGGGAGAGUGGUCGGACUAUGACUGGUGAUAUCACGGAGAAGGAACGACCCAAACGCGCUGACGGGUUACCUGAGCUAGUUAACGAGGGAAGGCAAACACCCGGGCAACGUCGUUCUAACGAAGGGAAGAAGGUUGUAAUUACCAAACCUUCAAGUGUAACGGCGUAUCGCAUUCCAAGGGAGAAGGUACCUGGCGGACCUCUUCAAAUAUCGAAGGAGGUAUCAAAGUACAUAGCUGCUACGUUGUAUAAUAUCCUUGAAGGCGCGACAAGAAUUUCGAAAGCAUCCUCAUCUCAUAUAUUUAUUCGCAAAGAUGAUGAGAUGAUUUCCAUAGCAAACUGCGCGGCCAGGCUUGCAUUUCCCCCCCAGUUGGUUCAUCACAGAUGCCUAGGCUCUGUGGACGCGGAAGUUUUGGGUAGCGGGAUUGCCCUUAAUCAGUAUACGGUUGAUUCAUCGCGUGUCACUUCAAGUCUCCUUAUUUUUCCUGUAUUUACGACAGAAACACCUCGAAAAUCAGCUGUAGCAGUCGUUCACAUGGAAAACAAAUGCCAGGGGACUAUGCCCUUUAGUAAGUCAGACGAGGGAGUUAUUUUAACAACUUCUCAGUUAAUUGGUCAGUUUAUGUCAAUGUUUCCCCAAAUGGACUGGGUUAAUAGUUUUUUUGACCCAGUAACUCAACACAUAUUAGCUCCUUUUGAACCGAAAAAGAGGCUUCCUAAACCAACCAGGAGGGGGUGGAAGGGGAAGGUGAGCGUCACUACAGAGGAACCAGGUGCCGUUGAGUCACAAAUAGAUGAAAAUUACUGGAGGAAGAUUGAGGAGUGUGAGCCCCCAUUGUUGAUAAAACGGGAGUCACUUCCUCGUCUGGGGUCUAACAAGGCAUCACCUCAGGGACUUUCUGCGGUCCCCACAUUGCGGGAGAUCGAUGCGUACGUCGAAAACAUGCAAAGUUGCUGGAACCGCGGUAUCUCAAAUUAUGUGGGGUUGUCCGAGGAAGAACACUCCAACAAUAUUGAACUGAAGGUGGUAAGAAGGGAGCUGACACGCAUAAAGGCGCUGUACGAAGAAGCUGAAGAACAACUUCGACUGUACCGCCUUGAGGGACAAGAUUACGAGUGCGGGUUCCGUUCCAUUAAAGGCGAGCUCGAUUCAUACAUAAGGAAGCGGAACAAAACAGAUAUCAACUAG